AGAAAUUUGAGGUACGCCAAUGCGGAUUGGGCUACGGGUAGCGGCAGCGGGGGUUGUAUUUCUUGUUGGGUAAGGCGGAAAUUCUCCCAUGAAGGAAGGGUUUUGUAUGGGUUUUGCAGAAAUCAAAUCUUAAUGAAGAGAUCGCGGGCUUAGCUUCUGCAAGUGAAAGACGAGGUCCUUCAAUUAGUUGCCCGAGGAGAAGCAGACAUCCGGAGAGAGAGAGAGACAGAGAGAGAGAGAAAGCGAGUUCAUUCUGUUACUCUUCCGUCGCCGCCGCUUUCAGUGUUGCCCGCCUCGUUUGAUCAAUUGAUCUCUGAGUAUAGGAAGGAUGUGGAGAAGUAGCAGCACUCGGCUUGUGAAGCAAACCUUUCGAUUCAGGCAGCAAGCAGCAGCAGUGCUGCUUGACUCACCGAAACUCCCAACCCUCUUUACCAUUACAGCUCCAAUUUCGACCUCUUCUGCCCCCGGCUCCAUCUCCCAUGGCCGCCAGUCUUCCCUUCCCACACUACGGAGCCCUCUAACAUCCCCCUUCUCCAUUGUCCCGGUUCGCCAUAUCCGCUCUAUCCGUGAUGCCAGCACUGGUUAUGAUAUAGCCCCACCGAUGAACUGGGGGAUCCGGAUUGUGCCAGAGAAGAAGGCAUACGUGAUAGAGCGAUUUGGCAAGUACGUGAAGACACUUCCAUCUGGACUUCACUUCUUGAUCCCAUUUGUGGAUCGAAUUGCUUAUGUACAUUCCUUAAAGGAAGAGGCCAUUCCGAUUCCUGAUCAGUCCGCUAUCACCAAGGACAAUGUCAGCAUUCUCAUUGAUGGCGUUCUCUAUGUCAAGGUUAUUGUUGAUCCUAAGUUGGCCUCUUAUGGAGUUGAGAAUCCAAUCUAUGCUGUUAUUCAGUUGGCACAGACAACCAUGCGUAGCGAGCUUGGAAAAAUUACACUUGAUAAGACCUUUGAGGAACGAGACACUCUCAAUGAGAAAAUUGUGGAAGCCAUUAAUGUUGCUGCAAGUGACUGGGGUCUUCAAUGCCUUCGCUAUGAAAUAAGGGAUAUUAAUCCACCACGUGGAGUAAGAGUAGCCAUGGAGAUGCAGGCAGAAGCUGAACGUAAAAAGAGGGCCCAAGUUCUUGAGUCUGAAGGAGAGAGACAGGCAAACAUUAAUAUUGCUGAUGGAAGGAAACUUGCUGCCAUAUUGUCAGCGGAAGGUGAAGCACAAGCCAUCCUAGCUAAAGCUGACGCUACAGCCAAAGGAAUCACCCUCGUGUCGAAAACCCUCAAGGAGAGUGGUGGAGUAGAGGCAGCAAGUCUAAAAGUUGCUGAACAAUAUAUCCAUGCCUUCGGCAAUAUUGCCAAGGAGGGGACUACAGUGUUGCUUCCUUCUUCUACCGCUAAUCCGGCCAGCAUGAUUGCCCAAGCGCUGACUGUGUACAAAAGCUUGCUUGGAAAGACUCCUAAUGCUGGUGAGGGGAGCUCUCCUUCACUUGAGUUGUCAGGAGGCGUGGAUAAAAGAUUUUCCAUUGAAGAUCACCACAAUAUUGAGGGAAACCAUGUGAAGGGCGAGUCUGGCUUUUCGCUGCAGAAGAACAAAGGAGAGUAGCAAACUGGUGACAAGAGACAUAUCAGGACAAGUGAUAGGCCUCAAAUCAAAUCUAUUGGAUUGUUUUUGUAGGGGUUGUAGCUGUAGCAUGUUUGACAUGAAGUAAACCUUGAUUCCCAGUUACCUUCUAGUUUUGGAAUGGCCUUUCCGAAUUAGACACUUUUCUAAGGCACUCAUCAAAUGUUAAUUGAACACAGGGAGAUGUUACUUGACAUUGGAUAUUGGAAAUAUCAAUGCAGAGCAACAUCUGAGUAGAUUUUGAGGUUUUACUUGGUGCAUUAACAAGGUAGAAUUUGCUAGCAAGUGCUCAGGGACUAUGAUAUUAGCUAAUUCUGGGUCAUAAACUGUUGUUAUUUACAACAAAAGAUGAAGCUUCUCAACAGAUGCAGAAGCAAUGUACAUCAUAAAUUUGAAGCCACCAUCCAAGGAUGCCCCUUUCCGUUAAUA